AUGAACGGACAACGCAUGAAGGAACGGGAACGUCCUUAUCUCCGUGAUCCGGACGAUCCGGAAUACAUCAAAGAUCUUCAAAGACCAGCAGUAAUCAAAGUAAGUGGGUAUUUUCGUUCAGAAAAAAACAUCUGCUCCGCUAGCCUUUCUUCUUCUACUUUCCUUUACCCUGAAAAUUAAUGGAGUCUUCACAGUUGGAAUGACACUGGCGCGUGCCAGUGUCAUUUUCUGAAAAGAGCCAGAGAGAAAGUGAGAGUGAGCUCUUCCUCUUUCUCUUUCUCUUUCUCUAAUCAGCUUAAAAGACGGAUGAGAGAUGCUUUAUUUCAGGAGGAUUUGUCAGAGAUGGAGAGAAGGAAAAGAGUGCAGCAGAUACUCGAAUCGAAAUCAUUCUGCCACGAGCUAGAGGAAGUCAUCCGACAGGUCCCUCAUCCAUUCUCUCCCAUCAAAUUCACUCGGACAUCCGUGUCAUUUUCAGGAGUGCGAUUCCGCUCGCACCGACCCGGAUCACUUGCAAACGCUCCAGAAGCUCUCCGAUUUGACGGUCUCCCAAGGGAACAUGUCGUUUGCGAACCUCCACUCAUACGGUUUGUACUUUUCAAAUCUCGAAAACAUCUGAUUUAUGGUCAAACUGGGUGUUCCGGGAGAAAGGGAGCGAUGAUGGAUAGGGUGUCUCGGGACUCUUUCUAUCCGCCUAACUUCGGAACAUUCCAAUGACAUCACGUUAACAAUUAAACUAUUUUUGAAGGGGUUUCUUUAAACCACACCCUAUCAUUAACCACAGCCGCGCAUACGUUGCCGCAUAUCUCACUCCCAUACACUUUCCCACCUUUUCCGUCCUACCGAAAGUUAAUUAUCUUAUAACAAAACAACCCAUCGGCUUCAAAACACACCGUUAUUCUCAUUUCGCACUGCGAAUUCGCAUUCCUUCCAACUCUUUUGCACUGCUGACGUCUAUUGAACGGAGUUUGAAACCAUUGGACCCUUGGAACCACUCCACUGCUCAUUCGAAUUUCCGGCCUCAUUGCGCAGUAAUAGAGUUAAUAGAGCAGAUGUACUUUUUCAAACCUAUGCAACCUUAUUCAGCUGUUAAAUUGGGUACGUGGUCAAAAUAUCCUUUUUUGAAGUAAAAACGGAUGUAAAAAAGUAUAUGUUUUUAAGCUGGUAACACAAUGGCUAUUGCCGAUCUUCGAGGAAAUGAGACGUAUUCAAAGGUUGAGAAGAUUCAAAGAAACAAGUUGGCGUGCUUGUUCCGCCUUGCCGACUUGUUCCAGUGGUCCCAGGGAAUUCACAAUGAAAUUACGGUGAGAAACAGUUGAAAAUUGCUCGCUUAUGAAUAACAUUCAGUACCGCACGAACGACGAAGACGGCACGUUCUUAAUGAAUCCGUUCGGACUGCUGUACCACGAGAUUACAGCUGCGGCAUUGGUUAAAAUUGACGAGAACGGACAGAUUCUGGACUGUGGAGCGCUGAAAGCUGGAGUCAAUCAGGUUGCCCUCAAUUACACUUUCUUAUGUUUCAUUUUUUUUUCAGCCCGCAUUCCUUCUUCAUUCUGCAAUUUACAAAGCGCGUCCGAUGGUUCGAUGUAUUCUUCACAUGCACACAGCCAUUGUGGCCGCUGUGGCGAGCAUGAAGUUUGGUCUUCUUCCAUUGUGUCAAGAGGCGAUGGUGAUUGGACCUGUGGGAUAUCAUGACUAUCAGGUGUGCAUAUAAUUUUAUGCUAGUUUCAAUCUUUUUGUUUUCAGGACAUUGGAGGUGAUGACAUCCCAUUCGACGAAUUAAUUGAGAGCCUAGGAGACAAGAAUGUGCGUUUCCAAAGCCUUUUUCCUCUGCCAUCAGCUUCAAAUUCUUUCACGCUUUCUGUGCUUUUCAGGUUCUUUUUCUUCGCAACCAAGGAUUCCUUGUUGUCGGAGACACUAUCGAGCAUGCCACUUUUCUAGCCAACAACAGUGUGAUCGCAUGCGAAACUCAGGUUUUUCAACUUCUCUGAUCUUUUCCGCUGUUUUUUCUCCUGUCGCGACGUGUCAUUUUUCAAAAUUUCUAUAAGAAUCCGAUACUUUGAAGGUUCUUCAAGUCAGAGGCGAAGGAUGUUUUGUUGUUGGAGAGUCUGUCGAAGAGGCGGCUAUAAUUAUGCGCAACUUGGUCACCGCGUGUGAUCAUCAGGUUUUCAAUUAAGACUAGGCGCUUACUUUCGAGAAUCAUGAGAAAAACAAUGGAAUUGGCUAAUUGUGUAGGUGGACGCAGUUCAUAAUAGAAUGAUUUUGAGGUACGUGCCGCUAGAGCUGGACUUGACAACCUCAUUAUCCCCGAUGAGAAGGCGAUUCAGAGAGCGUUUAGAAACUCAAAAAACAGUAAGUGGAGAGGAAUUUUCCAGAACCCCGAUAUUUUUUUCAGCAAACUCCCUGAAGAGAAAUGGAACUGUCGAGUGGAGAAUGGGCGAACUCGAAUGGGAAUCUUGGAUGAGAGUUCUGGACCAUGCGGUGCUAAUUUUUAUUUAUUCUUUUUAACCUAGUCCUUUCAAUUUCCAGAACUUCCGCACCGGGCAUGUUUAUCGGCAGCCGCAACUCCGUCCAAAGUCGGCAAUGUCCACUUCGAUGGUGAAUAACAACGACGUUGCUCUUCCGCCAACUACGUCAGCAUACGGGCAAAUUGACGAAACAGACUUGGAGAGUGUCUCUGCUCAUCGUCUCGCACUGCUGCGCAAAGAGCAAGAGCGAGUGCGUUGGCUGAAUAGCCCCAAUGCGUAUCAGAAAGUAGAGAUUUUAGAGUACGGGGCUGAUAAUCCAAAAAAGAUUACAAAGGUGACAGUUCCUUACUGUACUCGCUGAGAAUUCUCUGAUUCCAGUGGGUACAUGAUGUGCACGUGCCGUCGGCCAGUGGAACACCCGUCAAAAUCAAUAGUGUGCACCAAUUCAGUCCGGCUUCGGCGAAUCCGAAAGAACUCAAAGAAAAGCAAAAGUCCAUCAAAGAAAACAGUCGGCUCGGGACCAUGACUGCUGGUCCGCAGAGUCAAAUUCUUGGAAGUGUCACUUAUGAAGACAUUUCUUUGCUGAUUAAGGUGAAAUUCAGUUUGUAACUAAUAAAAACGUGCGAACGUGUUUCAGCCCGACACUGAUGGAACUAUUGGACAGAGUUCCACUUCGGACAGAGCGAUUCUUAUUGGAACAGCUAGCAAGGGAAUCAUCGACAGACAGUACCAGCACCACGCUCAAGUUUAUCACCAAAUCUAUGCUCCAAAUCCAUUCUCCGUGGAAACUGAUGAAAACAUCAGGAAAUACGUCGAAAUGGUAUUUUUGAUUCCGAAAUAGAAACAUGUUUUGAGGUUUACAGGUAAACGCAAAAAACUCGGCGACUCCUUUGUCGUCGGCUCGCACUGACUACUCCAAAUAUGACGACGUGGAAGCUGGUUUGAAAUCGAUUGCUUUCAGAUUUCAAAUUGUUCCCCUUUCAGACACUGUUUCCUUGAUGCAAGGCGUGAGAGAGCACAAGUUGUCGCAAGCAGCCCUGAGUGCUUCAGAUGACGGUCUAAACGCCGGUAUCUCUUCAGUGCAGAACAAUGGUAAGUUGAGGGAAUGUAUGUGACCACAAAACUGGCAAACCUUUGGAAUGUUUCAUUUCUUUUCGCUCGUCAGUCACUAUCACUUUCAUUUCUGUGAAACUUUUCCGCCUAUCGGUCCGCCUCUUUCCAUUUCAGUUUUCUUUCCAGUGCAAUCGUCAGAAGAAAGCGUCAGCACGUCGUAUAUGAGCCAUUCAGUUGUGUUCGACUGUAGGUUUCUAUCUUUUCUUUUCUAGCAUGGCUUCUAUAUAACACUUUCACUCUAACUAGCUUUUCAUAAUGUUUUGUCAUUUGUGUAGAUGACUCACCACCAGUGUCCACAUCGCCAAGAUUUCCGGAGAAAGUGACCCUCAAAAAGAGGAGCUCGACAGGACAAGGAACUAGCGAAGGUGAUUGUGUAAAUCCGUAGUUUCUAUCUGUGUUUCUGCUUCUCCACUUCUCAAUUCUCACUCCGCUAACUCUAUUAACCAAUUUAGGUGCAACCACAUCGAGAUCGUGCACAACUGCUUCGGAGGAAGAAGUAAGACUAUCCUGUCCAUCAUUUAUAAUCUAAUGCACCUGAUUCAGAGCCGCCCGAAGGAUGAGAAAAAGAAGAAAAAGAAGGGAUUAUUGUCUUUCAUGCGUAGAAAAGACAAAAACUAA